AGCUGAAGGACGGCCAACUCCUACUAUUGAAUGGUACAAAGAUGGAGAGCGAGUGGAAACUGACAAAGAUGAUCCUCGCUCCCACCGUAUGCUGCUGCCUAGCGGAUCUUUAUUUUUCUUACGUAUUGUGCAUGGACGCAGGAGUAAACCUGAUGAAGGAAGUUAUGUUUGUGUAGCAAGGAACUAUCUUGGAGAAGCUGUGAGUCGCAAUGCAUCUCUGGAAGUGGCAUUGCUACGAGAUGACUUCCGCCAAAACCCUACGGAUGUUGUGGUGGCAGCUGGAGAACCUGCAAUACUGGAGUGUCAGCCACCUCGUGGGCACCCUGAGCCUACCAUCUACUGGAAAAAAGAUAAAGUCCGUAUUGAUGACAGGGAAGAGCGGAUCAGUAUACGUGGUGGGAAGCUAAUGAUCUCCAAUACACGGAAAAGUGAUGCUGGCAUGUACACUUGCGUUGGAACCAACAUGGUGGGGGAACGAGACAGUGAUCCAGCAGAGCUGACUGUCUUUGAGCGGCCCACGUUUCUCAGGCGACCAAUCAACCAGGUGGUGCUGGAGGAGGAGGCCGUGGAUUUCCGGUGCCAGGUGCAGGGGGACCCGCAGCCCACCGUCCGCUGGAAGAAGGACGAUGCAGACCUGCCAAGAGGAAGGUAUGACAUUAAAGAUGACUACACUUUGCGCAUCAAGAAGGCUAUGAGCACAGAUGAAGGCACCUACACAUGCAUUGCUGAGAAUCGAGUUGGAAAAGUGGAAGCAUCUGCUACCCUUACUGUGCGAGCUCGCCCCGUUGCUCCCCCACAGUUUGUGGUGAGACCACGAGAUCAGAUUGUAGCCCAAGGUCGAACGGUGACUUUUCCUUGUGAAACUAAAGGAAAUCCCCAGCCAGCUGUUUUUUGGCAAAAAGAAGGAAGCCAGAAUCUGCUCUUUCCAAACCAGCCUCUCCAACCCAACAGUAGAUACUCAGUAUCACCAACUGGAGACCUCACUAUUACCAACAUUCAGCGGUCUGAUGCAGGCUACUACAUUUGUCAAGCACUGACAGUUGCUGGAAGCAUUUUAGCAAAGGCUCAGCUGGAGGUUACUGAUGUCUUGACAGAUAGACCUCCACCCAUCAUCCUCCAGGGGCCUGUCAAUCAGACACUGGCAGUGGAUGGGACAGCUCUGCUGAAGUGCAAGGCUACUGGUGACCCGCUUCCUGUUAUCAGCUGGUUAAAAGAAGGCUUCACUUUUCUGGGCAGAGACCCUCGAACUUCCAUACAGGAUCAGGGAACCCUUCAGAUUAAAACUCUGCGGCUGUCUGAUACUGGAACUUACACUUGCGUUGCAACAAGUUCAAGUGGGGAAACAUCGUGGAGUGCUGUUCUGGAUGUGACAGAGUUGGGUGGAGCAACAGUCAGUAAAAGUUAUGACAUAAAUGACCUUCCUGGGCCACCAUCCAAACCUCAGGUCACUGAUGUAACUAAGAACAGUGUCACCCUGUCCUGGCAACCAGGGACCCCCGGAAGCCUACCAGCUAGUGCAUAUAUCAUUGAAGCUUUUAGUCAAUCUGUGAGCAAUAGUUGGCAAACAGUGGCUAACCACGUGAAGACCACUCUCUACACUGUGAGAGGACUGCGUCCCAAUACAAUCUACCUGUUUAUGGUGAGAGCUAUCAAUUCACAAGGUCUGAGUGAUCCCAGCCCUAUGUCAGACCCUGUCCGAACACAAGAUAUCAGUCCACCAGCACAAGGUGUGGAUCACAGGCAAGUCCAGAAGGAACUGGGAGACGUCAUUGUACGCCUGCAUAACCCCGUUGUGCUGACACCCACAACAGUUCAAGUUACCUGGACAGUUGACCGCCAAUCGCAGUUUAUUCAGGGCUACCGAGUAAUGUACCGCCAAACAUCUGGCCUACUGUCUCCAGCUGUAUGGCAGAAUUUGGAGGUCAAAGUCCCAACAGAGCGCAGUGCUGUUCUGGUCAAUUUGAAAAAAGGAGUCACUUACGAAAUUAAAGUUCGCCCGUACUUCAAUGAGUUUCAAGGAAUGGACAGUGAAUCAAAGUCUGCUCGUACCACAGAGGAAGCUCCAAGUGCCCCUCCUCAGUCUGUUACUGUCCUGACAGUUGGAAACCACAACAGCACAAGCAUCAGCAUCUCCUGGGAUCCUCCCCCUCCAGAUCACCAAAAUGGAAUCAUCCAGGAAUACAAGAUCUGGUGUCUAGGUAAUGAGACUCGAUUUCAUAUCAACAAAACAGUAGAUGCAGCCAUUCGAUCUGUAGUAAUAGGUGGCCUGUAUCCAGGUAUUCAGUACCGUGUAGAAGUUGCUGCAAGCACCAGUGCAGGUGUGGGAGUGAAAAGUGAGCCACAACCGAUAAUAAUUGGAAGCCGUAACGAAGUUGUCAUCACUGAAAAUAACAACAGCAUAACGGAGCAAAUCACUGAUGUUGUCAAACAGCCUGCCUUUAUAGCUGGCAUCGGUGGUGCAUGUUGGGUAAUUCUGAUGGGUUUCAGCAUCUGGCUGUAUUGGCGCAGAAAGAAGAGGAAGGGGCUCAGUAAUUAUGCUGUCACGUUCCAAAGAGGAGAUGGAGGACUAAUGAGCAAUGGAAGUCGACCAGGUUUGUUGAAUGCAAGUGACCCCAGUUAUCCUUGGCUUGCAGACUCUUGGCCUGCCACAAGUCUGCCAGUUAACAACAGCUCUAGUGGACCCAAUGAUCUUGCCAAUUUCAGUCGUGGAGAUGUGUUGCCACCAGUGCCAGGGCAAGGAGAUAAAACUGCUACUAUGCUUUCUGAUGGAGCCAUUUACAGCAGCAUUGACUUCACGACAAAAACUAGUUACAACAGUUCCAGCCAAAUAACGCAAGCUACGCCAUAUGCCACCACCCAGAUACUGCAUUCCAACAGCAUCCAUGAGUUGGCAGUCGAUUUACCUGAUCCUCAGUGGAAAAGCUCAAUUCAGCAAAAAAAUGACCUGAUGGGAUUUGGCUACUCUCUACCAGAACAAGGCAAAGGCAACAAUGGUGGCAAAGGAGGGAAAAAGAAGAAAAGCAAAAAUACUGCCAAGCCUCAGAAAAACAAUGGUUCAAACUGGGCCAGUGUUCCACUCCCACCCCCUCCUGUGCAACCGCUCCCAGGCACAGAGCUGGAACACUACGGGGUAGAUCAACAAGAAGCAGGAUAUGACAGUGAUGGUUGGUGUCCACCCUUGCCUGUUCAGACCUACCUCCAUCAGGGCAUGGAGGAUGAGCUUGAAGAAGACGAUGAUCGUGUUCCCACACCUCCUGUGCGAGGAGUAGCUUCAUCACCUGCGAUCUCCUUUGGGCAACAAUCAACUGCAACACUCACGCCUUCUCCACGAGAGGAGAUGCAGCCAAUGCUUCAAGCCCACCUUGAUGAAUUAACCAGGGCCUACCAGUUUGAUAUAGCAAAGCAGACAUGGCACAUCCAAAGCAAUACACAACCUCCUCAGGCACCAGUUCCACCCCUCGGAUAUGUAUCUGGAAACCUUAUUUCAGACUUGGAAACAGAUGUUCCAGACGAUGAUGAGGAUGAUAUCGAAGAAGAAACUCUAGAAAUCAAUAGGCCACUGAGAGGUCUAGAGCAUACUCCAGGCUCCAGUAUGGACAAUUUAGACAGCUCUGUGACAGGUUCAAUGGUAAAUGGAUGGGGUUCUGCGUCUGAUGAGGACCGUAACUUUUCUAGUCAUAGAUCUAGUGUAGGUAGCUCCUCAGAUGACUCGAUCUUUACCAGCGGCAGUUUUGCACAAGCACUGGUUGCAGCAGCAGAUAAAGCUGGUUUUAGGCUGGAUGGAACCAGCCUGACAAGAACAGGCAAAGCAUAUCCUUCCUCUCAGAGACCUCGGCCAAGCAGUCCUUUUUCUACUGACAGCAACACCAGUGCAGCUGUCACUCAGAGUCAGAGGCCGAGGCCCACUAAAAAACACAAGGGAGGCCGGUUGGACCAACCCCCCUUGCCUCAUCGUAGGGAGGGAAUAACAGACGAUCUUCCACCACCACCUGACCCACCACCUGGUCAGGGUUUAAGGCAGCAAAUAGGCCCGGGCCAGCGUGGAGGCUCGGCAGAGAGGAAAGGAAGCUCUCUUGAGAGGCAGCAUGCACCCAGCGUAGAUGACACAAAGAGCUCCCUGGACCGGCAAGCUAGGACAUCACUAGAGUGGCAGCGGCAAACCCAGGAGUGGAUAAGCUCUGCAGAACGCCAAGAGGAUUUCAGGAAAGCCCAACACAAGCAAGCAUUUGGAUCAGAAGAGGCGUUGGUACCAUAUAGUAAACCCAACUUUCCAUCCCCUGGUGGCCACAGCUCUUCAGGAACAGCUUCUUCUAAAGGAUCCACCGGACCUAGAAAAGAGUAGUUGAGAAGACACAUUGCAAGCUGCUCUGAUGGGCCAUCAGGGCUGAACUCAUGGAAGUGAUGACACUAAACAGUGCAAUGAACAUUUUCUUUAUUUAUGUACUAUUAAAAGAACUGUAAAUGCAAUGUAAAGACACACAGCCACAUAUCCCACAGAUACUUGUGUUCUUCUCUUUAUACACCAUCCACCUUAAAAUAUUCCUUGUCAGGAGUAUACAAAAAGAAAAAAAAAAAAAAUCACCUUCCAGGAUGAAAAGAAUUUCCUUCUGUAUAUAAUUUCUUUUGUUGCAUUGCUAUGCAAAUUCACCUUCUUUUUAGCUAUGUUCAUAUUCAUGUCUGUUUUUAUUGGUCUGUUGUACUAUAUGUGAAUUAAUAGGCUGUGGUGCCAUAUAUUAACUUUUAAUUGUGUAACUUUUAUGUUUAAAGUUUGCACUGCAAUUUUAUUUGGUGAUAAGCACAAAACUCUACUCCUCAUGACAUGAAGAAAAAAAGAGACUGAAUGUGUGAAGAGGGUUUACGUACUGUAAGCUACUUUGGAUAAUGCUGGAUGUAAAGGAUUAUGUUAGGUGGUUUUCCAUUGGGGUGUAGAAAUGAGAAAGUGACAGGCAAAAAUGAUGUCAGUAAAGACAUUAGAGACAGAUUUAAAUCUUUUAAAAGCAGACAACAUAGUUGCUCUUCCUAUUUAAGAAGGGGUCAGAAGUUGGAAGUUUGAGUUUAAAGAGUGAGUAUGAAAAUUAACAGUAGCAUGAGAUGGCCUAGACCCUUUCACUAGAAUGAUUCCCUUAGUAUCUGUUUUUAGCCAUCCAAUGCCAUUAAGUAAAGGUAAAGAAAAGCAAACCUUGCUACAAACAAAAGAAAUUAAGGUGUUUCACUAAAGCUGUUUUAUAUUGCAGUUUUGAAAGAAUUAUUAAUUUCUGCAACCCAAAAUGUAAGUCAGAAAUUUCCCAGAAGAAACAAACAGUAUAAACUCAAGGAAUACCUAGUGAGUAGUUAAGGAUGCAAUCUAUUAUUAAAACUUAUUCAGGCUGCUUCUGAAAAAAACUAAAUGUCAGAGUAUUUUAUUUCAUCUUUCCAAUACAUGUACAGUACAAUAGUAAAUAGAGCUGCACCACUGAAAUUCAUGACAUUAAUUGUUUUGAUGCAGUCUAGACAAACCUUUGUGUUUUGUUACCUGAAGUCUGUGAGAGCUGAAGCUGAUUUCACUAAAUUUUUAGUGUUUAGAAGGACGUAACAGUCAAAUUAUUGUUUUAGGAAUAUUUUCUGCGAUGCAAUACAUUCAAAAAGUUGGAUACAAGCAAAGAAAAUCCUUGAACUGUUUUUUUAGUGAGUGGCUUCAUACCCUACUAUAAUGAGGAAAUAAUGCAUGUUUAUACUCUUUUUGAAUAAACCAAAGUCUGUAAGUGGACAUUAAUGACAA